CCCCAGCUCCGUAGCACUGCUCUUGGAACCGCGCCGUCUGUCCGAGCCCAGCCGCAGCCUGUCUAGCCCACGCGGGCGUUUUGCCUUCGGUGCGCAGCGGAAGAGAAGGGCCAGUGCUGACACGGGCUAGGGGCCCGCGCUCCUAUCCUAUCCCAGAGCUGCCCAGCUGCCGGCUGCCCCUGCCGCUCCAGCGGGGCCCAGCCCGACCUGCCACCUGCUUCCCGGUUGCGCCAUGGAUCCAUCCGAGAAGAAGAUAUCCGUGUGGAUCUGCCAGGAGGAGAAGCUGGUGUCCGGCCUCUCUCGCCGCACCACUUGCUCAGACGUGGUGCGGGUGCUCUUGGAAGACGGCAGCCGGCGACGACGGAAACAGCGGCGGGGCCGGCGGCGGGGGUCGGCCGGCGACCCGCCAGGCCCGGGGGAGCUGCCGAAAUCCCUGGACGAGGACGACGAGGAUGACGAUGAGGAUGAGGCGCUGCCGCCGGGUUUGCUGUGCGGGCCCCCGCAGUGCUAUUGCAUUGUGGAGAAGUGGCGGGGUUUUGAGCGCAUCCUGCCCAACAAGACGCGCAUCUUGCGUCUCUGGGCAGCCUGGGGCGACGAGCAGGAGAAUGUGCGCUUCGUGCUGGUACGCAGCGAGGCGUCGCUGCCCAACACCGGUCCCCGCAGCGCCGAGGCGCGCGUGGUGCGCAGUCGCGAGCGCCCCUGCUCGGCCCGGGGGGUCCUGGCGCGGCCCAGCCUGGCCAUGACCCAGGAGAAGCAGAGGCGGGUGGUGCGCAAGGCCUUCCGCAAGCUGGCCAAACUCAACCGGCGGCGCCAGCAGCAGCCGUCGUCGCCCUGUUCGUCCACUUCCUCGUCCACAGCGUCGUCCUGCACGUCGUCGCCGCGGGCCACCGAGAGUCCGUCGGUGGAGCGCAUGGAGACGCUGGUACACUUGGUGCUCUCCCAGGACCACACCAUCCGUCAGCAGGUGCAGCGGCUCCGGGAGCUGGACCGCGAGAUCGAUCGCUACGAGGCCAAGGUGCACCUGGACCGCAUGCGACGGCACGGCGUCAACUACGUGCAGGACACUUAUUUGGUGGGCGCAGGCAUCGAGCUCGACGGGCCCAGCCGGGGAGAGGAGCCGAAGGCGGCGGCGGCCGCGGCGGCGCCGCCCCUGGACGGCGAGGCGCAGGCAGCGGCGCUGGAGGAACUGGCCCGGCGCUGCGACGACCUGCUGCGGCUGCAGGAGCAGCGGGACCAGCAGGAGGAGUUGCUCGAGCGCCUCUCGGCCGAGAUUCAGGAGGAACUGAACCAGAGGUGGAUGCGGCGGCGCAAGGAGGAGCUCGCAGCCCACGAGGAGCCCCUGGAGCCGGAUAGCAGCCUCGACGGCGAGCUGCUGCUGGAGCAGGAGCGGGUCCGGACGCAGCUCAGCACCAGCCUCUACAUCGGGCUCCGGCUCAACACGGACCUGGAGGCGGUCAAGUCGGACUUGGAUUACAGCCAGCAGCAAUGGGACAGCAAGGAGCUCGAGCUGCAGGGCCUUCUCCAGACUUUGCACACGUUGGAGCAGACGGUAGCGCCUGAUGGGAUUCCAGGCUCCUGCGGACCCUCGCGGGAACCCCGGCCUCAGGCCUGCGCUGAGGUGUGGGUGGACCAGGCCCGCGGACUGGCCAAGAGCUGCCCUGGCAACGACGAGGACUCGGACACGGGGCUGAGCUCUAUGCACAGCCAGGACUCGGACUCGGUGCCUGUGUGCGAAUCCCUUGUGUAGAAAGAUAGAAAGAGCAGGGCCAGAGAGGGAGACGGGUGCUUCUCCCCUUCUUGUAGGAAGCCCGGGCCUGGCAGGCUCAGGGACUGGAAACCAGGCUGC